CCACCUUGGCUUUGAGUCCCCGCCGGUUCAUCAACACCACGCCGACGCCAUCGUCAGUCGGUCAUUUUCUACGCCGCUUCGUGGCCUUUUCCUCAGCAUCUUCUCUCUCUCGAUCGCAAAACCCUAACGCUUUCUCUCUGCAACAAGCUGCUUCCCCGAGUUUGUGAUUAUACAGUAAGAUAUGGCAAGGAAGAUGCUUGUUGAUGGGGAGCUAGGCAAACCAGAUGGAGCCGACGCGCAUUACGAUUUUGAUCUCUUUGUGAUCGGUGCGGGGAGUGGCGGUGUCCGUGCUGCCCGGUUUUCUGCUAAUUAUGGAGCUAAGGUUGGAAUCUGUGAACUUCCCUUUCAUCCAAUAAGCUCGGAAGUAAUUGGAGGAGUUGGUGGAACCUGUGUGAUUCGUGGUUGUGUUCCCAAGAAGAUAUUGGUAUAUGGAGCAGCUUUUGGGGGUGAAUUGGAGGAUGCAAGGAAUUAUGGAUGGGAGUUGAAUGAGAAAGUUGACUUUAACUGGAAAAAACUUCUGCACAAGAAGACAGAGGAAAUCACCAGAUUAAAUGGAAUUUACAAGCGAUUGUUGUCAAAUGCUGGUGUCAAAUUAUUUGAAGGAGAAGGAAAGCUAGUUGGUCCCAAUGAAGUUGAGGUGACACAGCUAGAUGGAACGAAGUUGUGCUACUCUGCUAGGCACAUACUUAUUGCGACUGGAAGCAGAGCUCAACGUCCUAAUAUCCCAGGGCAGGAGUUUGGUAUAACCUCUGAUGAAGCAUUGAGUUUGGAGGACUUACCGAAGCGUGCUGUGGUGCUUGGAGGAGGGUACAUUGCAGUAGAAUUUGCUUCAAUAUGGCGUGGGUUUGGUGCCAAUGUGGAUCUGUUUUUCAGAAAGGAGCUCCCACUGAGGGGUUUUGACAACGAAAUGAGAGCAGUUGUUGCAAGAAAUCUUGAAGGCAGGGGAAUUAAUUUGCAUCCGAGGACAAACUUGACAGAGUUGAUUAAAACGGAGGAUGGCAUAAAAGUAGUCACAGACCACGGGGAAGAGUUGCAUGCCGAUCUUGUACUCUUUGCCACCGGUCGAAUUCCCAAUACAAAGAGGUUGAAUUUGACUUCUGUGGGCGUUGAAACUGAUACAGUGGGUGCUGUGAAGGUGGAUGAGUACUCACGCACAAAUGUUCCUAGCAUAUGGGCCGUUGGUGAUGUUACCAAUCGGAUUAAUCUCACCCCUGUUGCUCUGAUGGAGGGAACGUGCUUCGCUAAAACUGUUUUUGGUGGGGAGCCUACCAAACCAGACUACAGCAAUGUACCUUGCGCAGUGUUCAGCAUACCCCCUCUAUCUGUGGUUGGACUGAGUGAAGACGAGGCAAUAGAGCAAGCUAAUGGAGAAGUUUUGGUUUUCACAUCUACAUUCAACCCCAUGAAGAACACAGUCUCUGGGCGGCAAGAAAAAUCAGUCAUGAAACUGAUUGUUGAUGCAGAGACAGAUAAAGUUCUUGGCGCUUCCAUGAGUGGGCCAGAUGCACCUGAAAUUAUGCAGGGCAUUGCGGUCGCUCUGAAGUGUGGUGCAACGAAGGCCCAAUUCGACAGCACGGUGGGAAUCCAUCCUUCUGCUGCGGAGGAAUUUGUAACCAUGAGGACGGUCACGAGACAGCUUAGUGCCAAGCCUAAGACCAAUCUGUAAAGGUGCUCUUACAAAGCAAUACCGGUUAAAAAUAGUUCGUUGGCACACCAGUCAUUGUGUGCACGGUGACUUGUGAUGUAGGGAUGAGCUCUAUAUUUUUUUCCAUCCAAUAAAAGCUUCUCUGGAUUUCAGUCUUUCUUUAGGGUCAUGAAUUAUUUAUGUACCAACAACGUACGUGUUUGCCAAAAGUUAAGACGACAUUUUAAAGUCCGAAUGACUGCUUUAUUCUUAUUUGAGGUAUUACAUAAGCCAUUUCAUUUGAUUGAACUCUGCGGCCAUCAGCCUUUUCUCAAGCA